GUUGUCCCCACGGCGUCCCUGCCUCCCGCAAUCCGCCAUCUCGCUCGAUGUCUGUGACGGAGACCGCUGCUCAGGUCGCCUCCAAGGAUGAGAGGCCGGCGGCCCCUUUGGCGACCGAUACCUUCCGCCACUCGCGACCUGCGAUCGUCGGUCCAGAUGCCCCAGAGCCGCCAUUCCCGAUCGUAUUGUCUGGAACGGUGCAGAGGGGAUUCGGCAGGGGUGGCAAAGACCUAGGAUGUCCCACCGCAAACCUUCCUGACGAGUCAAUUCUGCCUAUGAGCUCCGUCACGCGAACGGGAGUGUACUUCGGAUAUGCGCAGAUCUCCCCCGAGAAGGAUAGCAAGGCACUGCUCCAGGAACAGGAUUGCCAAGUCUUGCCCAUGGUCAUGAGCCUUGGAUGGAAUCCGUUCUACAAGAACGAGCGAAUGACGGCUGAGAUACAUAUCAUGCAUGAGUUCGCAUCGGACUUCUACGGUCAUGAAAUGAAGGCCAUCGUUCUUGGGUAUAUUCGUGCUGAACUGGACUACGUCUCCCGAGAGGCUCUCAUCGAAGAUAUUGAGACGGACAAGCGCGUCGCGCUGAAAUCCCUCGCGAGGCCCGGUUAUGAGAAGUUCAGAGCUGACCCACUGUUCGACGGCGGCCACUCGAGGCUGUGAUGUCACCGAACAUGCAGUGUAGUAUCUAUAUACCAAUCGACCAUAGAGAUGUAUGUUAGGAAAGUCCUGUAGACUUU